UGAUCAAUCCAGCACAAGGAAAACGCAACCCUGUUAUGUGGCACUUCGUAUUCACGCUUCGGUAUCGCUUCCUUCAAAUUACUUGCUUGUUUUUAUUGAACCAGUCUUAAGUCAUAGUCCACACGCCCGCCACCAUAAUUUUCUUCUUCCUUUACCAUCCUCACACAAACAAACAAUCUAUGCAUACAAAAACGAAACACACACAAACCUUAAAAAAAAAAAACAAAUACAGACAAUCCAAAUUUAACAAGAGAUGUUGAUUCAUAUUGCAGUUAUAGCAUCCACCGUUGGAAGCGUUUCAACGAUACUGUUAGUUUUAAUCUGGUGGCGUUGGUGCCAUAAAAAAACCCGUAGAAAUUCAGUUGAAUCGUCAAGUGUAAUCAGAAUGGAAAGUUCGAGAACAAGAAUUCAUCAUCACCAACCAAGUGUUCAUCAUCAAUUAGAUCAAAUUAACAAGAACAAAGGGAAUCAUCGUAACGGCGUGUCCGGAAGAACAAAAACAAAUUUGUUCAGUUGGAUUGAUAAUCCAUCUAUGGCAUCUGAGGCCGUUGAAAAUGGAUGGUCAAGAUUUGCUUUCACUAGCUAUAAAACUUACACGCCGUCACCGUCAAAGAGGUCUUCACUGUUAGGAUCGUAUACCGCACCUACAGGUGAUAAUUACGGAAGAGAAUUAUCAGAAGCUGAAAUUAGUUAUGAAGUGUCACGUGGAUCAGGUGAAUUUAUUCAGAAAGUUAGGUUAAAUUCUGGGAUGAAAAAAUUAAAUAAUCAAAUUAAUUCUUCUAUGGUUAAUUCUAUUAUUAGAACGGGUUUACCGUUACCUGGUCCUUUUUUGGGAAACUGUGCUUUUCCACAAGAGGCGUAUUUUGAAAUUACGAUUUUGUAUUCUUCUCGCGGUGAUGAGUUUGAAUUUGUUGGAAAGGGUGGAGAAGGUGAUGAUAAGACUAAGCUUCUUGUGCAAGGUGGUGGUAAUUUUGAUUAUAAAAGGAAUUCGGAGGCAUUGGUUCAUGUUACGAGUGGUAAUAAUCAUAGUAAAGUUAAUAGUGUUGAAGAAAUGAAGGUUGAUAGUAGAGAAAGUGGGAAGAAGAGUGAAAAUGUGAUGUUUUCAUUGGGAUUAACAAUUGGAGGUCCUGUUGUUUUGAAAGUUCCUGGUAGUUAUCCUGGAAGCAUUGGUUUCAACUCAAAUGGUUCUGUUUAUCUUGAUGGAAUGAAACUUGUAUUUGAAUCUGAGAAGGCAGAGUGGAUAGGAACAGAUAAGGUGAUUGGUUGUGGAUUUGUUCCUAGACAAAAGAAAGUUUUCUUCACAUUAGACUCAGAGUUGAUGCAUGUCAUUCACUGCCAGACAGAGGAAUUUAGCACUCCGUUAUAUCCAACCAUGGCUGCAAAUAUAGACAUUAUGGUAUUGGUUAAUUUUGGACAAAAUCCAUUUAAAUAUGCACCAGCAAAUGCUCAAAGGACACCAAAUCCAUGCUUUGUAUCCCCACUUGUAAGUUCUCCUGCUGCUACACUUGGUUUUGAUGAUAGCAAGGAACUGUUCUCCAUGGAUAGGAUUGAUUCUCAGUGGCUUAAUAGGACUACAACAACCAAAGGAAGCCACCACAACGGGAACAAUAAUACAACCAUGGAUUUUGAUGAGGAAUCUGAGGCUGAUCUUUUUGAAAUUGCCUUAGAUGGUUCUGGAAAAUCUCAAAAUACAACAUCAUAGCUUACAGAAAAUUGUGCUAACUGUACAUUUGUUUUUGUCUUGGUUCUGGCAUUUAAUAUCUCCUCUGCUUGUACAAAUAGUGCAUUACUACUACUUUGCAGCACAUAUUGUUGGAAAUUUAAAGGUAGGAUAUAAGAUCCAUUUAAUUAGAUGAGAAAAAGAAAAGUAUUUGUAUAUUAGAAAAUUAAUUUUACCUUCAAACUCGUAUUAUGUGAUAAGAUUUUGACUUGGUGAUAAGAUUUUGACUUUAUCCAAUCCUAUUUUUUCUAA